CUGCUUUAAGGUGGCACAUCUGAAUAUGUAUGGCUUUAUUAAGGCACCGCUCUACACAGAUUUACUUUUGUUGGAUUUAAAAAAAAAGAAGCUUGUCCAUUGCCGGAGAUAUUGCAAUAGUUGUGAAAUGAAUCAUUUUAAACAAACAUAGUUACAUCACCCAUAUCCUAGUACCCGAGUUAAAUUAGCCAAUCUUGUCAGCCAAUCAGCUGUUGCGAUCAACUCACGCGACUCGCUCGUUCGAUUGCUCGACACGCGCCAUUGGGACGCGAAGGAAGUUUAUACACGUAGUAUGAAUGAACAGUAAGGAGUGGCAUUCAUUUGUGUUAUGAUAUUAGCGAACCCACAAACCUCAUAAACACUUCUUAAGUUUGUUAUUUUCUACCAAGUGUUUAUUAUUUGUUUUGGACAUAAAUAUAAUCCGGUUGUUGUGAUCGUGUGACCUUAACCUGCUAACACCGGAUAAAGUGCCUUAAGUCGCUACUGAACUAUUACAGGUGAAUGAAAACACUGCAUUUUGUAACUAGUGCUGAAGUAACAAGCCUAACAUCGUACGAUUUGUCACCUGACACAUAUCAACAGAUUGCUUUGAUAUCUAAGAUAUUAAUUUCUAACUUCAACAAUACAAAUACCAGAAUGAUAGGCCGGAUAGCGUGAGAAAACGCAGUAAGUAUAUAUUUAAGACACUGGAAGAAGGCUUCAAACAGUUGUUUUUAUUUGCAAAACUCUAACGUGUAAAAGGUGGAGGAAACUGACAGAAGUUAAAAGCCGGAAUUCUUCAGGAGAGAAAUAGAGAGAAAUUAUCAAUCACCCAUCGACCAACAGAGCGAGCUGCAUAUCAUAAUUAUUGUCUACCAUGGAAGUAUCUGUAUCUGUGGCCACAUGCAUCUUGAUGCUGGGAUUGGCCUUUACAGUGAGCGCAAUCGACCCCCAUCAUCUGGUGAAGGCUAAAAUCGUUGAUUCAUCAGAGGCGGAUGAUGAUGGCGGGGUUUUCAUCCCGUCGGCGAGGCGGUGCCGACGUGUUGGCGAGCAUGCGGCAAGGAAACGUGUUUCAUGCGCAGCCGACGUUAACUUUUAUGAAACUCUGUCAAAUCGAGUUCACAUGUCCCGAAUUAUCCCUAGUGAAGAUGACACCGAGCUUUGGGACAUAGCGCAGAAAAUCAGUCAGUGCUCUUUUGAGUAUUCCAAAUAUUUCGAGCAUGCUUGUAACUUGAGGACUGUUUACUUGAACGACAGGCGAAGGUGCAGACGACUCCCCACGCGGCAGGACAGAACGCGCUGCAAAGGAAGUAUUCGUGACCGUUACCAUAGCGGCUGACCUUCACCUUGAGUAUAAGGUCACGAAAACUGAUGGUGCCAAAGACUUGUUUGUAUUUGAGAAGGCAACAUAUUGUUGCUGUUAUUAUUAUAUAAAAUAUUCCACAACAUUGUGAAAAGAUGCAAUUACAUGUAAUUUUAUUUGAGACUGCAUGCGAUUGGCAGGCAAUUUUGAUAAUUUCACGUGUUCAGCGUGUUCAAAUCAUUCAUUGUCAUCUGUAUAUAUGUUUGCAUGUUAUUUAUUGUUCGCAUUCCAUCAUUCGUUCACGUUUCGUUUAGUUUCAUUUCAAAGUUAUUCAUUUGACAAAGACAUCGUUGUUAACGCCGUCUGUCAGAGCAGAGACACAUAAAAUUAUAUAUACAUGUCAUAAUGACAAACGAUGGUGUUUUUUGGACGACCUUGUUAAUAAAUUUACGCUAAAAUAUCA